AUGAGCAUUCCCGAUAUUAUUAAGUCAAUCAACGCUGUCACCGCCAGUGGCGAGCUGAACAGUAUAGAUGAGCAGCAGCGUGCGGAGCUGUCGUCUGCAUGCGAUAGACUGAAGGCGAUGUGCGAAUCGCCGCUUGAGAAGACGUUCAAGCUUUUGUUUACGGAACACCAAACCAUGGUUCUCCGUCUAGCCAUCGACCUUAAGCUCUUCGACGCAGUCAUCCACCACUCAUCUCAGAAUGAGACCGGCAAAGUCACUGUGGCCCAGAUAGCUACUGACACGAAAGCAGACCCAGUACUCGUCGCCCGAAUCAUGCGCUUCCUCUCUGCCAUAGGAACCCUUGAACAACACACAUCCGACACCUUCACACCUACUCCUCUCUCCUCAUCCUACAUAUCAACCUCUCCACUCGCAGCAGCAAUCAUCCACUUCACGCAUUUCCACUCCUUCCUCACCCACCUGCCAGACUACUUCGCCAAAAACAACUGGACCAACCCCAACUCCCUAACCAACACGCCCUUUCAAUUCGCCGCCAAAACCUCCGCCCACUACUUCGACUACCUGGCCACAAAACCCUACUACCAGUCUUCCUUCAACACAGUCAUGAAAUCUCCCAUCCGUCGAGCCGGACAACCAUGGUUCAAUCUGUUCCCUGUCACCGAGAAACUCCAGAUGGAAUCCCCGGAUCCAGAUUCAGUACUAUUGGUAGAUAUCGGCGGCGGCCAAGGCCAAGACCUUCUCGCAUUCCGCUCUGCGUUUCCUGAUCUCUCUGGACGACUAAUUCUUCAGGAUCUGCCGCACGUUGUCGCUGAUGCGGAGAUACCUGAUGGUAUGAUAGAGAGCCAAGGUUAUGAUUUCUUCACCGAGCAGCCUGUGAAGGGAGCGAGGGGGUAUAUGCUCCGCACUGUGUUGCACGACUGGCCUGACAAUGAGGUGGUGAAGAUUCUCAGUAGGGUACGGGAGGCCAUGAGUGAGGAGUCGGUGUUGUUGAUCGUGGAGAAGGUCAUUCCGGAGACAGGCGGCGGGUUAAUGGCUGCUAUCGGGGAUCUAAGUAUGAUGGUGACUUUCGCUGGCGCGGAGAGGACGGAGAGGCAAUAUGCGGAGUUACUUGUCAGGGCGGGGUUGAGACUGGUGAAGUCUUGGGUGGGGAGUGAGAAUGAGGGGAUGGAGAUGGGCGUGGUGGAGGCGAGGAUAUAA